GGAUGAAAGACACAGUGUUUGGGACUCCAAAGACUACACCAAAGAAGAAGACAGUUAGUAAGGGAACCACCCCUAGAAGAUCCCCAAGGCUAAAUAGUGUGGAUAAAUCAGUUGAAGGUGCAUCAAGAAAGCUGAGUUUCAUGGAUGUGCCCAUAUCCAAACAUUCUCAGGCUAGUAGCAGUGGUUGCAGUCAGUCAAAAGCUACAAAUGAAGUUAAGUUUGUUGAAGAUGUGGACAAUAUUCAGCUGGAAAACACCAAAGAAGAUGAAUGUCACCCAAUUGAGAAUCCAGAAGCUCCUCCAGUAUAUGACAGUGAUGAAGACAUUGAGUAUGGGUCAGAUGAACAACAAUUUUUCAGAGUCUUUUAACAAUAUGAUCAACAAGAUGAGAAAUAAACCAAUUAUAAUGAUAGGAAUAAUGUAUGCUAACUUAGUGAUGGGUACAUGGUACAAUAGGAGGACUGAAUCUGCAUCAUGGGUAGAUGGUAAUUUGGUUCCUACUGCUGUUACAUUGAUUAAGAAAAUGUUGGAAUUUGUGACUGACUAUGGUGUUGACCCUUGUGUGGCUGGAGAGUUAUAUAUGGUGACUAGUCCAAAGAAUUCUGUGUUCACAGUGAACAUACUUGCCAAGACUUGCUCUUGUUUGCAGUGGCAGUUGAGGGGGUUCCCCUGUAUGCAUGCAGUGAGUGCAUUGCAUAGCAUAAGGCCACAAUGGAGAAAGUACUGCAGUGAUUACUAUUCAGUGGAGAACUAUAAGGCCACAUAUGCACCAACUUUUGCACCACUAGAUGAUAAAAGUGAAUGGGUCCAGCCAAACAUGAACAAGAAGAUCUUGAACCCUCCUCACAGUAGGAAACCAGGAAGACCCAAGAGCAAGAGGGUAAGAAGUUAUGAUGAACCUCGUGUUGAGAAGACAAAAAGGAGGUGUGGGAAAUGUGGAAAUGUUACUAACCACAACAAAAGAACAUGUGCUGGUGGUGAAGUGGGAUCUAAUCCAACUGCAAAAGGGCCUGGCAGUCAGCCUUUGGCAACACCAUCUUCUACUCCAGCUUCCACAACACCUAUGAGUCUGCCAUCUAUAGCACCAUCUUCUACUCCACCCUCUACAAUAAAUAACCUUUAUCAGAACUUCUUUGGCAUUGGAUCUGUAUCUCAGAAUAUAAAACAAGGAAAGGGAAGGGGAAAUGGAAAUGCUAAGAAGAAAUGA